AUGACAGUAAGCUUAACGAAUGAGCAGUUCCAAGCACUACUUGCAAAACUUUCAAUGAGCCGCCGAGGAAGCUUCGCUCAAUGCACGGCAAGUUAUGAAGGUGAGAAGAACCCCGAAACGGUUGAAGCAUUUUUAGCGGCAGUAAGCAUAUUCAAGAAGAUAGAAAAUAUCCCAGACCAGGAAGCUCUUGAUGGAGUCCCACUAUUACUCAAGGGUGAGGCUGCCAUCUGGUGGCAAGGAGUCAAAACACAAGUGACUACCUGGGAGCAAUUCGGGAUUCGAUUACGCCAUGCAUUUGCACCAAAGAAACCUGCGUACAUCCUGUACCAAGAAAUAGUCGGUGAAAAACAGCGCGAUGACGUCACAACUGAAAAAUUUGUAGCUCACAAAAGAAUGUUGUUCGCGCAGCUGCCUUCACCACAACACACAGAGGAACAACAACUCGAUAUGAUUUUCGGACAAAUAAACCUCAAACUCAGGGAAAAGAUACCCAGAGGUUCCGUACAUUCCUUUGACGAAUUGUUGGCCGCCGCAAGGGAAGUAGAAGAACUCAUGGCUGAUGUGAGCUUGACCAAGGAUAUACUGGUCCCGCCACCACAACGUAAUAUCAAGAAACGGUGUGAGUUCUGCCAUUUUGUGGGCCACACAAUCCAAGAUUGUAGGAAACUCCAACGUCCAAAUAGUGAGGAUGAAGAAGAUGGAAAUACUUCAUCGCCUACACUGACACACGGCGAGCAAUGGCGCAAGUUUCGCUCGAAGGUCCAGAGGCCGAUCUUGCAGCCUCAGACGGUGAAGAAAUACGUGGGCCCCAUCGAGAUGGUCACCGAAGACUUCAUCAAGUAUAUGGAAGGCGCGCGGGACGAGCUCGGUGAUUUACCACACCAGUUCGACAAUGACAUCCACCGGUGGUCGUUGGAGUGCAUCGGUCGCGUAGCCUUAGACGUGCGGCUCGGCUGCCUCUCCUCAGACCUGUCCAGCAACCCGGAGCCCCAGAGGAUCAUCGAUGCCGCCAAAUACGCGCUGAGGAACGUAGCGGUGCUGGAGUUGAAGGCACCAUACUGGCGGUACUUCCCUACGCCGCUCUGGACCAAAUACGUUAACAACAUGAACUUCUUUGUAGAACUUUGUUCCCGGUACAUCAACGAAGCUCUAGAAAGGCUGAAGACCAAGAAGGUGACGUCAGAGGACGACCUGUCUCUCCUGGAGCGCGUGCUCAAGAGCGAGGGCGACCCUAAGAUCGCCACCAUCAUGGCGCUGGACCUCAUCCUCGUGGGGAUUGACACGAUAUCAAUGGCGGUCUGCUCUAUCCUCUACCAAGCGGCGUUGCGGACGAAACAACAGGAGAAAAUGGCGGAAGAAAUCCGAACAGUUCUGCCGGACCCGAGCAAACCUCUCACGUACGCAGACCUGGACAAACUGCACUACACUAAGGCUUUUGUUAGGGAAGUUUUUAGAAUGUAUUCUACAGUUAUUGGAAAUGGAAGGACAUUACAGGAAGACGAUGUCAUUUGUGGAUAUCAUAUUCCAAAAGGAGUGCAAGUGGUAUUUCCGACCAUAGUGACGGGCAACAUGGAGCAGUUCGUGGCCGACCCUCAAGAGUUCCGUCCGGAGCGGUGGCUGGAGUCCGGCCGGCUGCAUCCCUUCGCCUCGCUGCCGUACGGGUUCGGUGCCCGGAUAUGCCUGGGCAGGCGCUUCGCUGAUCUGGAGAUACAAGUGCUGUUGGCUAAGUUGCUGAGGCGAUACCGGCUGGAGUACCAUCACGAGCCUUUAGAAUACGCAGUCACCUUCAUGUACGCGCCCGAUGGCCCGCUGCGUCUACGCAUGUUGGAGAGAGAUGCGUAGAUCACUUUACUAAGGCCCGUAUUCACAAACGAUGCUUGUUUAAGUGAAGCAGAACGCACAGCGUUGAAUAGCCGCUCUGUGAUUGGUUCAUGUGUCACCCUGUGCGUCCACGCGCACUGUGAGACUUCAUAGUAAUGUUUGUGUAUGGAGAGUCGGGCAUAGGGCACUUAGCUAAGCGCGCCAACCAAGCGUCGAAGGCAGUGUCACCUUGUUGGUGGAGUAUACAAAGUAAUUUCGAAACUUCGCUCAUUUUUUAAUGAGGCAUGUGUCAGAA